AUGGAUGUUGCAGAUCAGAGCAGAACCACAUUCCAUGAGCUUCAGAGGAAGAAAACUCACCGCUACGUCGUCUUCAAGAUCGAUGAGGCCAAGAAAGAAGUGGUGGUUGAGAAAACCGGAAACCCUGCAGGGAGGUACGACGAUUUCUUAGCUUCUCUCCCUGACAAUGAUUGCAGAUACGCUGUUUAUGACUUUGACUUUGUCACUUCUGAGAAUUGCCAAAAGAGCAAAAUCUUCUUCGUUGUUUGGUGA